GUAGAAGAUGACCCCAUGAAAGCCUCCAAACACCAGAGCUUCUGAACUGUUGUCUCCCAAUAAUCAAUAAAUACCAAGCACAUGUCCAACUCUCUCACUUCAACCCAAAGUCCAAUUCACAAAUCACAACCCAUUCACAAGUCACAAUUGACUCUCAAGUCUCAACAAACCCAUCCUCUUCUUCAUAAUUCUCCCCUAUUCAAUUCCCUCAACUACUCCCUGUUCAUUCAUCCUUCCCAAUGGCUUCAUUACCGCAUUUACCAUUCGAAUAAUUUCAAAUUUUCAAAAGGGAAAUUACAGAAUACUGCAGAAAUUUUGUUGUACUCUGUAACUCUAAUAAUGGGAUGCUGUGUCAGCUCAAACGCCAAAUCCGCUCCAGGCAAUGAAGAUCAGAAGAUUCAGAAUCCCAAGGAAAACAGAGCUCCUUUACCUGAAGAAGAAUCAGUAAAAGAAGUUCUCUCAGAAACUCCCUCCCUUCCCAAAAAGCCUGCUGUUUUGUCCAGAACCCGUCAAGAAAGGCUUCUUCUAGAGAAUGAUGAUCCCAAAAAGAUCAGACCGUUAUUGCCAACCAUCUCCAAAGCCCAAGAAGAGAAGCUCAAGAACGACGGCGUUUUCAAGAAAUCCGCCGGGGCUAGUUUCAACUCGGAAGAGUUCUUCACCGGAGACGCCGCCUCUGAGCUCUGCAGCACCCACAGCGGAAGGAGUGUUCUUUCAACGGCUACUUACAAUAGUACGGAUAAUUAUAAGCACGACGAUGAAGGACAGAGAUCUUUCCGGCAAAAAUCGUUAUCCGGGACGGACUCCAGAAGAGAAAGGGUCGUCGGGAGGUCGCCGGCGAGAAGGCCCGAACAGUCUCCGGGUCGGGCUAGGAAUGGACCCGGAGUUGGUACUCGGGCUGGGUCGGGAACAGCAGGGAAUGGACAAAGGAGAGACUCUGCCGCCGAGGGCUGCGGCCGUGGCUCGAGAUCUCCGGCGAAGCGUGCCGACAAUGGCGGCGGAUCGAAGACGGUAAUGGUUCGGAGCGGAUCGGGCAAGAAGAGCGGGAAGUCACCGGGUCGGGCUAAAUCGGACAGGAGUGACAAGAUCCUUAAACUGGAUGACUUGAGUGGCAGCAACAGACAGAACGGCAAUUGGCCACCGACAACAACAGGCAACGAGUCCCUUGAAAACCCACUUGUAUCCCUUGAAUGCUUUAUCUUUCUGUAAUGCACAAGUUGGUAGGAGCUGUGAUUAAGUGGAAAGCAUAGGGUUAAUUUCGUCUUUAUGGGUGGUAAUACGAGUAACCGUCUGGAAAAAAUUGGCGCAAGAUCCUUUGUUUUUUGUCAUCUUGUAAAUAAAAAAAGUCAAAAGGUGAAACUUUUGGAGGGAAAAGACUUGUCUGGUUUUGCAAUGCUAAAUUGCUAAUGUCAUCACCCAUUUUUUAAAUUCUGAAAAUUGUAGUAAUGGUGGAAGCACCUUGAUGUUAGUGAUUGUCUUCGUUGGAUAUCAACUGAAUUGAAG